AUGAGGAACCUUACACCAUGGGAAUACAUCAUGGAUAGCCGUCGCUUCAUAUUGUUUCCCGACCUACCGAUUGAAAUCAGAGACGACAUCUGGAGAUUGACUCUCGAGCCGCGCAUUGUCGAAGUUAGACCGAAAGAAGACAACCAGGUUGGAUUUUAUUCUACUGCUCCGCUACCCGUUUUGUUGUCAGUCUGUAAAGACUCGCAGAGAGCUGUCCUAUCAUUGUAUCCUAACUUAAUUGGUGGAGCGCUCGUUGGUGCAGGAAUCCGAUUCAACGCCAAAAUUGACACCCUUUAUCUGGAUUGGAAAAUUCAAAAGCACUUGACAACCUUCCUGCUAUCGAUUGAUGUGCAGGAGGCUGAAAAGAUCCAAUACUUGGCUAUAGAUCAAUACAUUCGGUGGGCACGUCAAUGCAUUGAUUUGGAGUAUGACUGGGAGUCAGUCCUCGCAUUCAUGGAUCCACUGACGAUUUCCGACCUUCAAAACAAUUUUUUUAGACAUUGUUGUCACAUUGUCGUGGACCACGAUAUCUGCAUGAUUGGCCCUGAGGAUCUGGAACGCCUUUGCCGCGCAGUGCGACUUUGGAAAAAAUUGAAGGAACUCAUAUUUGUGUUUGAUGACAUUAAUUGGAAUGUAGAUUUGUUGAGAGAAAGUGGAGUAAAUACCCAGCAAGAUGAGCUUGCUGGCUUGACACUCUUUCGGGCUGAUGAGGUCUACGACCUAUUCCCAAACCCAGUCGGAUGGGUCCGUUCCGAUUAUCGCAGGUCUAUUGAGUAUUAUAAUGAUGAUCUGCCAAUUGCUAGUCUCCACGACGAGCUCAAGAAUUUCGAGAAUCCAAAGUUCGAGAUUUUGGUCCGAUAUGGAUGGAGGUUCCCAGAUUCGUUGUCGGUCUCUUCACGUCAACCCCGUCUCACCGAAUUGGAAUAA